UCACGUGAUCACGUUAUGAUCACAAAUAGAACCGAAGCAGUCAUCUUGAAAAUCUUGACGCAAGAGAGGUCAGUGCUGCCUCCAAAGAUUACGAAGAAAAUUAUAUUUUGUGCGUAGAAGCAUAAUUUUAGAUUUCAUAAUUAAUCUCAGAUUAUAUAAUACGAUAGUUUUGAUGAAUAUCGACGCUCGGCAGUGAUUUACGUCUCAAAGAUGGAAUAUUAUAGUGAUUCAGAGGAGGAAUCCUUGGGAGCCAAGGUUGCUAUGUUCAACCAGUACGCCGAUAAACAUAAAGACAAGCAGAGCAAAAACCCAUUUACUUCUGGUCUGAAUAUCGAAAAGCCGAAAUUUUCCAAAGAAGAAUAUGGAAGACCAGAAGCAGGUUCUUUGUCCGAUCUACGUGGUCGCAAAGCGAACGCCCAUGUCUUAAAGGAAAUUUUAGAACUUUGCGAAAUUAUUAGCCAAGAAGGCACACCUUGCCAGGAUCAACCUGACGUAAUCGGUAUCACCUUCGGUGACAUCUUUAACAUUUAUACUAACAUUAGCAACAAAUGCGUAGGACUGCUGUUGAGAGCGAGAAAACAGAAGUAUUUAGAAUUCGAAGGCGAAUGUCUCUUUCAGAGAAGAGAUGACGAUGUACCUAUAUUUUUAAUCAAGCCCAUCGAAGAAAUUCGUAAGGAAUAUAAUCAACGACUUGAAGAAAUCCGGAACGAUACUCUGGCUAGUUAAUGCAAAUUAUCUGUCUUUAUUAAUGUUAUCUCUAUCGUCGAAAUGACAUUCGCGAUUGUUAUAUUCGAGAGAUCUAUAUUGAUUUGCAUUCAUUCGUCUAUAUUUUACAGUAAUGUGAUACAUAAUUUGUAUUUGUAUCUGACUCGUCGGUUUUGUAUGUUGUAUUGAGAAUGAAUGAGUGCGGCUCGGUGUAAAUAUUUUCGCGAGUGGCGCAAAUGAGGUACAUUGAUGCGACAAUGAAACGAUUAGUGCGAUUAAUAUAAUUUUUAUAAAAUAUAUUGUUAAGGUAGUUAAUUAUGUAAAUAUCCGGCGCGAAAUAAACAAUUAAUAUCCCAAUAUAUUUUAUUUUAAAGAUGUGCGAUAGCUUCACAUCCCGUACGUCUUUAUUUAAAUGUAAGAUGCUUAAAUAAGAUUAGAUAAAGCCUUGAUGUAAUUCACAGAUAUUUUUUUCUUAGUUAUGCUCAAUAAUUCUAAAUGAGUGCAGAUUUUAGAAGAGGGAAGAAACGAGACGAGGAAGAUAAUCGCAUAAUUUAUAUUUGUAUAUACAGUCACUUUACAACGCGCACUUUGUUACACAGUGUAGCUCGAUUAUUUUAGGUCAGCGAACGCCAGGUGAUCUCGGUAAAGACGAUAUCAAAGUAAAAAAGAACAACUAAUUAAUAAAAGGGGCGUUCUGCCGCGUAUAUCUCUCGCGCCGAAAA